AUAUUUGUAGCAAUAGCCAACAAUAGGCCUACAUUUUAUGGGUCAAAAUUAUUGAUUUUUCUUUUAUACCAAAAAUCAUUAGGAUAUUAAUUAGCGAUCAAAGAUAUUUAGUAAAUCUCCUACUGUAAAUAUAUAAAAACUUAAUUUUUUAUUAGUAAUAUGCAUUGCUAAGAACUUAAAUAUUUUAUUUUUUUUUUGCACCUUUAGAUUCCAGACUUUCAAAUAGUUGUAUCUCGACCAAAUAUUGUCCUAUGCAUCAAUGGAAAGCUUAUUUAUUCAGCUUUCAGAUGAUGUAUAAACAUCCAAAAAAUGUACCCUUAUGACUGGUUUUGUGGUCCAGAGUCACAUAACAAAGCGGCAUCUACAGUCCUUCAUUUUCUCUUUCUUCUGUCAGAGCGCGCCUGUGAAAUUAUUUCAAACGCUUUAUGAUUCAUCAGCCAAUGAAAUCCGCGCACGCUCUAUCUAUUUACUAAAAUCCUGUCCUCUAAGCCAAUCGGGUGAGAGUGGGCGUGUCCUGGCGAGUAGCGCCGGGGUAGAAACAGAACAGAGCAGCAGCGCGUAAGGUUUACUUGAGAAUGGCGGCUGCUGCGUGCAGUACGCAGAGCACUCUGAACCCAUGCACUGGCAAACUGCACAGAGAGCAUCUGCGGAAAAGUAAAGAUUCGCGGAGGAGACAAGCUGCGCUUUUGUUUCUCACUAAUAUAUCCUUGGACGGUCGGCCUGUGCGGAACAAUGUGAGCGCAGCGGGCCCAAGUGAUGCCGAGUUUCAGUGCUCUGACAUCGCCGCGACUGUGAACGAACUGUCCGCUGCGGCGAGUAACGAUGGGACCUUCUCCAGCCUCUCUGUCCCCAGACUCGGGCUGCUCAACGUCCCGCCCAUCCUGGUUCUGCCGUCGGAUUCUGGGUUCAGUAACGCCGGGAGCACCGAGAUGUUCCUGGAGAGGGAGAGGGGCUCGUUCUCCUCGCAGAGCAAUCUCCUGUCCCCUUGCAGUCUGCAGCCCACUCCGCUCGGAGCGCGGAAGUCUCCGACGCUGCUGUCAGUGCAGAGCUGCGGCUCUUCGCUGGAGUCUCGACCGCGGAGUCGGAACCCAUCUGGCUCUCCUCGUCCACGCCCUGUGAAGAAAGUCCACUUUAUUAAGAACAUGAGGCAGUACGACACCAGAGGCAGCAGGAUCGUGCUUAUCUGCGCCAAAAGGUCUUUGUGUGCCGCCUUCUCUGUGCUGCCUUAUGGAGAGAGCUUCCACAUCAGUGACCCUUGUCUAGAAGCUCAGCGGCGGAGGCACUCGUCUGGAGGAAUAUCCACCACCCUAGAGAUGCUUCCCGGGCUGGAGGGGGUGGAGCUGGGCAUAUACGGCAGGACGGUGUCGUACGCUCAGUUCCUGUAUCCAACUAACGCUCUGGACCGCCACAAGCCCACAGUGGAUCUCGCUCUACCCGUGCCGUAUUCCAGAAACAGCAUCCCCUGCAGUUAUCCUCCCUCUCGCCUUAACAGCACCGUCGGCCUGGACCUGGGCCUUGAAGACGCUGACUAUGACCCUAAUAUGCUCAGUGACCCACGGUGGCCAUGUGGAAAACACAAAAGAGUGCUCAUCUUUGCCUCGUACAUGACAACAGUAAUAGAGUACGUCAAACCAUCAGAUCUGAAGAAGGACAUGAAUGAGACCUUUAAGGACAAAUUCCCCCACAUCAAACUCACACUGAGCAAAAUCAGAAGUUUGAAGAGAGAAAUCUGUUCAGUAGGAGAGGAGUCUUCCUUGCAGCCAGUCACCAUAGCUAUGGCAUUUGUGUACUUUGAGAAGCUGGUGCUACAGGGGCGUCUCAACAAGCAAAACAGGAAGCUGGUGGCAGCCGCGUGCAUCCUACUCGCUGCCAAGAUCAGCAGCGACCUGAAGAAACAAGAGGUCAAGCAACUGAUUGACAAACUGGAGGAGAGGUUCCGGAUUAGCCGUCGAGAGCUGAUUGCUUUCGAGUUCACUAUCUUGGUGGCUCUGGAAAUGGCACUUUACCUACCCGAGAGUAAAGUCAUGCCCCACUACCGCAGACUGGUGCAGCAGACCUGACGUGGGUAGAGCUCAGGACCGUCGUGAAUAUGCAGAUGAGAUGUGUAAAGCAGUGGAAAGUGUGGGACUCUGCGUUCCCUCCAUUGCAGUUUGAGGUAUCAGAGCGAAUACAUAUCAACACAAAGCUCCAAGGAAGAACUGACGUUCCAAAUGAUGCUUUAUAUAGCAAUCUGGCCAGCGGCUUUUUUUUUCAUGGCUGUCUGUUUUUGUGACCACCAUGGGAAUACUGCUGAGGAAAACAGCACGGAUCUUCUCUUAUUAAAAACAGAAGGUUUUAACACUCAAACGACAAGGGAAGAGUUUAACUCCUGCUACUUCACUUGUGUAAAAUGUACAAGUGUGCAUGCGUGUUUUUAACAUUCCGUAUCUAUUUACCAAAAAUAACUUUUAUUUCAUUUAGACCUCUUCUUUUGUAUAGAACAACCUACUAUUCACUGUAACACUAAAGCACUUUAAAAAAAAAAAAAUCUAUACAUGUAAACAUUAUGCAAUAAUAAUAUAGCCAUUAGCACAGAUUAUGAAAUAAAUAAAUAUAUAUAAUAUGCACUUACUUUAGUAGCGUACUCAGAAAGUGUUAUUGAGUGACUGACUAAAUCUACCUUAGUAUUCAGACCUAAUGUUCAUUGUCGUUGAUGAGGCUUGAUUUUUACUGUGAAGAAUACUCUAUAUUAGAGCUGAUUUCAAGAAUAGCACAUUUUCAGUGCUGCCGUGGUGUUUUUACUUAUUCUUUUUUUAUAGAAUUAAAAAAAAAAAAUCCUCCAGAAGAAAGUCAUGAUGUAAAUGCAUAAAAAAAGACCGUUUUGGUAUUAAUCAUGGUAUUAAUACACAUGGUAUUAAUGUAUGUACACACUUCCAUGCAAAAGUUUUUGUUUUUGUUUUUUUCCCCAAAAGGAAUUUCUACUGUUAUUCAACAAGGCUGCAUUGAAUUGAUUAAAAGUGACAAAAAUAAUUUGUAAGAUUAUUAAUGUCUUUAUUAUUAUGAAGCUGCUUUUUUUGAGCGUUCUCUCAUUAUAGAAUCCUGAAUAAAACAUACAACGGUUUCCACAAAAAAAAAAAUAAUUUAACAGUGAUGAUAAGAAAUGUUUGUUGAGCAUAUUAGAAUGAUUUCUGAAGGGUCAUGUGACACUGAAGACUGGAGUAAUGAUGACUGCUGAAAAUUCAUCUUUGCAUGACAGAAAUAAAUUAGAAAAUUUUAAAUUUUAAAACAUAUUACAACAGAAAACGGUGCAAAAUAAUAUUUCACAAUAUUACAGUUUUUACUGUAUUUUUAAUCAAUUACAUGCAGCCUUGGUGAGCACAUAUGUUAAUUUCACUGUUUAUUCAUUAAUGACCAUAAUAUUUUGUGUUCGGUCUCAAUUUCUCAACUAGUAGCAUGACCAUACAGCAUACUGUAUCAUGAUUUAUCUGAAAGGUUUUCCCUUCUUCCAGCACCCACAAUCUAUGCAAUAUUUUAGAUGCUUUUGUCCCUUUUACUUGCAAAACAUCCCAUUUCCAGUUCAGUUCAUCCAUGUCUGCCUGAUUUAUGUUUCAGUGCUUUGUCCUUUAUAGACUGAUGCAUUUUACAUCCUUCUGUUUACUUACAUGUUGUGCUGGUAAUGUUGUCCACAAAUGUCUGUCUUAUAUUUUUCUGAUAGUAGUCCUGAAAUAAGACAUUGUUCUCCAGUAAUAUACUGUGUUAAAUCAGAUAUUGUGCUAAGAAAGCACUAUGUAAGCGGUGAGUAUGCUAGAGCCGCCCUCUAGUGGAAGCGAUGUACAAUCACAUGUUAAUAGGAAAGCUGUUAGGAAGUGGAUAUUGCUACAUAGGCCUAAAAAGCAGCGUCCCACUCAUGUUCUCAGGAGAUAUUUGUAAAUCACACAUAAAUUGGACAUUUUUCCAGGCCUUUGUUAGUUUUAUGUUUGUGUGUGCCCUACUUUUUUGUGAUCUAGAGCCCCUUAACAAACUGAAAUAGGUGGAUAAUGGAUAUAAAAUCAGUUUUACACACGUUGAAUUAAAGUGCCUAGGAUUUUUUUGUAAUUAAUAAUUUGGUAAAGGGAAAAAAAUGGAAGUAAAGCAGUUUUAUUUAGUUUAUUUAUACUGUGAUUUUUCUAUAGCCUCCAGUACUGCACUCCAAAGGCAAAUCACAGUAAUUACACAUGUUGAAAGAGUAUUAUCUCUUUUUUGUUUGUUUGUUCAUUUGUUUGUUUGUUUUUAUCUGAGCAUGGUUGAGCCAAACCUGUCAGUCACUGGACAGAUCAUAUUCUAACAGACCCGAUUUCACUCAUAACUCAGUUGUGACAAUUACGGAUAUGUCAGCUCGGUGGACCGUUUCAGCUGUAGCCAGUGAAAGAGUCAUCUAGCGUUAUUUUUAAAUUGGACGUUUUAGUUGUUUUCACCUACAGUAACACUGGUUUAUUUCAAAGGUCAGAGGUGAAGGAGAGCAAAUCCUCAAGAGAAUAGGAAGCGGAUAUCAUAAAAUAAAUUUCCUCUGAUCUCUUCCAAGAAGUUCAGCAUAUUUAGCUAAUCUUCCAUUUAUGAAUUAUGAUAGGAAGGCUGGGAAGGAUGCCAGCAGCAGAUAAGGGAUGCGGCUGUAUUGUAGAGCUGCCGAAAUCAUAUUAGCAUCUUUCCUAAAGAUAUACUACAAAUAUAAGUCAUUUUUAACUGAUGUCCUUUGAGUACAAGCUGUCCUUUCAUAUGCUCCCUUGCUAUGCUUUCUCUCUCUCUCUCUGUUUGAACCUGUUUUUGUUUGUUUGUUUGUUUAUUUGCAGGUGACAUUGUUUAUGUAUGAAGAAUUUUAUUUGUGUGUUAAUUGUCAUAAUUGUUGAAUUAUGCACUUUCACAAAUAUAUUUUCUAAAAUCA